AUGAGCACUGCCUACUAUGGCCGCGCUGUGCCACUGGCUUUGCGGCGAUUCGCCAAGCUGCCGUGUCGCCUGCAUGGCCGCCGCCAGGAGCUGGUUCUUCCUGAGGGGCUUCCGACUGGCGUGCAUGUGGUGAUGCUCAUGACCAGGCGGAAGCACAUCGAGCACGCAGACUCUUGGUUAGGCCAGGUGUGCGCGCCGCAUGUGAACGACUGCUGA